UGGCCAUGAAUGCAGCACAAUACAUGUCGAGUCUUCACAUCCACUCACAACAUUCUCGCAUGGAGUGAUUCAUGUUGUACUAAGGUACAGCCUGUGCCCAUAAAAAGACAAGCGCAUUUCGUAGUGUUAAGGUGUUGGGUCAUUUGUGCCAGCUGAAUUGAAGAAUGCCCCUGUAAAUUUGUUUAAAGCCAAGCCUAAACAUGCCCGAUUCUGGAUCAAGUGAAACCGGUUCGAAGGUUUCGGACCCACAACAUUCCCAGAAACUCCUCAGGGUCCUUCGCAUCUUCUGGCAGGAGCAAAGCUUCCACGAUGCGCUGCUGGUGGUUGAUGGAGAGGAGCUUCCUGUUCAGAAAAACAUCCUGGCUGCUGCCAGCCCUUAUAUCAGGACCAAGCUGAACUACAAUCCUCCAAAGGAAGAUGGGUCUACAUACAGAAUUGAGCUGCAGGGGGUCUCCAUGCCCAUCAUGAAACAGAUCCUGGACUACAUCUUCAGUGGUGAAAUCACUUUAAGUGAAGAGACCAUCCAGGACAUGGUGCAGGCGUCCGACCUGCUCCUUAUGUCUGACCUGAAGUCCCUGUGCUGCCAGUUCUUAGAGAGCUGCAUCACUGCAGAGAACUGCAUCGGCAUCCGGCUCUUCUCUCUGCACUACUGCCUUUACCACGUCCACUAUGCCGCCACUGAGUUCCUGCAGACACAUUUUGGUGAUGUGGCGCUCACUGAGGAGUUCUCAGAGCUGACGCCGGACCGGCUCUGCGAGGUGCUGGCUAUGGAAAAGUUGAACGUGGGCAAUGAAAAGCACGUGCUGGAGGCUGUGGUGCGAUGGUUCGCACAUGACCCAGAGGAUCGCAGGGUACACAUGAAGGAAGUGAUGUCUGCAGUGUGGCUACAGGGCCUGGACCUGAGCUACCUGAGAGAACAGGCCAUGGGGGAACCACUGAUGAGGGAGGUGAUCAGAGAGUACUGUCAGCCGGUGCUGAGGGCUGGUCAGCUACAGGGUGAGGCGCUGCUCGCCGCCUUCAAGCCCCGAGGUUACUCAGAGUGUAUAGUUAUCUCUGGAGGAGAGGAUCGCAAAAGCAGGAAGCCGACUGCCGUGACACGCUGCAUGUGUCCGCUCUACGACACCAACAGACAGGCCUGGAUCGAGCUGCAGCCAAUGAGUGUCGCCCGCCUCGGCCACGGGGUGGUCGCUGCCGAGGGUUUUCUGUUUGUGAUGGGCGGAGCAGAUGAACACAAAACAGUCCUGGACAGUGGAGAGAAAUAUGACCCUGAAUCCAACACCUGGAGCCCCAUACCCCCAAUGCUACAGGCUCGUCAGAACUUUGGUGUGGUGGAGCUGGACGGUCUGAUCUACGUUCUCGGAGGAGAGAACGAAGAAACGGAGCUGGUCACUGUUGAAGUGUUUGACCCUCACUUCAGUACCUGGAGAAUGCAGACCAGCAUGACCAUGAUCCGCAAGGUCGGCUGCUAUGCCUCAAUGAAUAAGAAGAUCUAUGCCAUGGGUGGGGGCUCCUACGGGAAGCUGUUUGACUCUGUUGAAUGCUUUGACCCCAAAACCCAGCACUGGACGGGCCUCUGUCCUCUGAAAGAGAGAAGGUUUGGUUCGGUGGCGUGUGGUGUCGGUCAGGAGCUCUAUGUGUUCGGUGGAGUUAGAAGCCAAGAGCACGACAACCCCGAGCAAAGACAAAUGAUGACCUGCAAGUCUGAGUUCUACCAUGAUGAGAUGAGGAGGUGGAUGUUCCUGGAUGACCAGAACCUGUGUAUUCAGACCAGCUCAUCCUUCGUGUACGGUGCUGUGCCCAUCGGAGCCAGCAUCUAUGUAGUGGGAGACCUGGACACAGGAACAAGCUUUGACUACAUCCGGGAGUUUCGGCGCAGCACUGGAACAUGGCAUCGCACCAAGCCUAUGUUACCCACCGACCUCUCCAAAACAGCCUGUGCCGCCCUGCGCAUCGCCAACUGUCGACUGUUCCGCCUCCAGUUGAGCCAGGGCAUGUUCCGAAUCAGAGUCUGACUCCUUUUUUGCACACUGGUACUUUCUACCUGCUAUAGUCUGGAUUUAGGGGUUGUAUUAACAUUGAAAUAUUACAGUGACUAGAUGUUGGGGUUGUGACUGUCCGUUCAAGGGUUCAUACUCGAGACCCUUUUGCUGUAUGACGGCACAAAACUUAAUCUAAACGCGUUAUUAUAAUAUUAUAGGUUUUGUGGAAUUUAAAAAAAAUCUAAAUAGUGUUUUCUUUUUAAUGUGGGAUUUGAUCAGUUUUUGCUUUUUAUUUUAAUGGACAUUCCUCAUUUGUAAUGUUUACUGGUAAUAUGUUGCUUGGUGAGGGAUUUAAACUGUAAACAACACUUGAUAACGAACUACCACGUAACUACAUAAGGGGAUUAUGAUGCACAUUUUAAAAGUACCGCUGUGUUGCAAUUUGCAUUUUAGGCUCUAUUGUGUUGUUUGACGGUGUAUUGUUCAUCUUUCUGGUUAAACAUAGAUGACAUGAUCAUUUUUCCAGAUAUCUGCAACCGCUGCAGUGGGUAGAAAAUCUUCAUCAGUGAUCUAAAUCUUCAGUGGGAAGUGAGACUUUGGUGUCAGUCCUUUUAAAAUGAGAGAGCACGGGGACUUUUUGCAGCAGUCACAUGGGAAGAACUCCACUGUUCAAAGCAGAUACCAGUACCACCUUUUUCCACUGCUGCUAGACUCGGAAUACACCAGAAUGUAGUGCUGCCACAAGAAUAUGCAAAGCAGUGGAAUAUCAGCUUGCCUAAUUCGUCUGUGCAGCUUUCUCGUUUUAAAAUGCUGACAAAUUGCGUCAGCCAGUGUGUCCUGCUUUACUCUAUGUUGCAUUUUGAUUGUUAGGUUUGUAAGAUGUGGGCCGCAGCAGCAGUCACAUUGUGAGAAUUUGGUCCUAAAUUUCUGGCUGUCAGAAUUUUGAUGCAGCUUUUUGAGACUGUCCUCCAAAGACAAACAGCAUCAGCUGUUUCGAGUAGUUUGUGGCUGCAGUACCGGAACUGCAUUUGUAGGACCCUUGUUUUCCUUGACACUAUGUUACUCUUGACUGCCCCCCGAAGCCCAUUAGCCUUAACCUAACCAUCACAGGGUGUGUGCCUAAACCUAAGUUAUCGUCCACCGGUUAAACCUACAGCUGCGCACGUUGGCCGUACAGACAGGGUUAACCUGCUUUAUGUUGCUGUGCAUGACCACUACCAAUCUACUAGAUGGAGCUGUCACAAAAUAACUACAGUCCUUGAACUGCGGUCCCAGGGCUGCGGGGGUCCUGAAAAUGCAGCCUCUGGUACUGAAGCUUUAUAAUAUUGAUUGUUUCAGCAGAUGCCAAAAACCAUAUUUGUUUACAUUCAAAGUUCAAAGCCCCCUAGUGACCGUAGGAAUGAUGUCUGUUGUCCAUCGGGAGCAGAGCGGGAAGCAGCGUGAGGUUUUUAUAAAGCCAUUAAGUCCGCACAGGGAGGAGGAGUUGGGGUGGAUGGAUGGAUCAACAAAACAACUGACUUUAACUUGAGAGACCUUCUUGUUUCCUAGCGACUGUCAACAUUGCUUUUAACAAUUUCCCAACAUUAACCAAGGAGUUAUUAUUGUAACCAUGACGACGAUGGCCUCCUGACCUUAAUUUCAGCCCAAACCCCAACCAAGCGGUUUUUGUGCCUAACCCUAACCAGUUGUUAACCAUCAGAUUUGAAGGCACACACCAACGAUGGCUUCCUGCUGAUAGGGCAUCAAAUCAGAUAAUCAUUGUUGUUUUAGUUGGAGCAGCACAAAAUUACACAGUGUGUAAGGACUUUUUAGUGCCACUAGUUUCACUAGUGUUUCACUAGAAACCUCUGCUCUGCCCAGAUGCACUGCAUUAAACGAAUGUUUGCACGUUCGAGCACAAGCACUUUACUUGACAGUCAGUUUCUGUUCAGAAAUAGACGUGGCUGCGAGUGACACUCUUGAGUUGCUGGAUGUGUUGCUGCCUUCGUGACCUCUGACAUGGCUUUCCAGUCAGUACAGUUUUGGCAUCCCUUGACCCCAUUUGUUCUGUGUGAGUUACAGCUGCUGCUGUCUGUCCUCAGCACAGGGGCAGCACUUACAAAGCAGACACACACUCGGUGGAGGUUAUUUGUGUUGAUAGAAACGUAACUCUCAUAAUAUCAGAAAGGCAAUACACCUCACACACUAAAGACAGGAUUGAAACUGAGGUCUGACCAAUAGUUCUUGUUCUUGUAUUGUAAUCAUGGGACACAAAAACUUGAGAUAAUCCUAUACAAUUUAAACAAAUAAUGUACAUUUAUGUGUUCUUGUGUGCAAAACUGUGUGUCACUGGAAAUGUCCUACCUUGAUAAAUAUCGUCAGGAGGUGUUAAUUUUAAGUUCUGCUGAUGUAACUAGUAUGGUGCGACCUGUUUUUACUAAGUCACAGUGUAAUGUAAUGUUAGACAUAGACUACAAAUUUUAACGCAACUAGUGCAACAGGCUGCAAGUCUUAUAGUACACAGGCCAACAUUAGCCAACAACUAUAUUUGAGCUGGUUUCUGUUAUAAAUGGUUUGUUGACAUCACUAAUGUUGUAAAUACAGCAGCAGAACAGGAUUACAUUAUGAAUUAUGAGAAGCAAAAUUAUAUAUUUUAUUAUAUUAUAUGGAAAAAGUGAAAAGGUCAGUAUUGGUCAAUAUUGCCACUGUGUCACACCCCAGUUGAAACAUAUGGGAGAAAAACAACAAUUCUCAUCCACUAUGUUCAAACUGUUAUGACAGACCAGAUUAAAAACAGGAUUUCCUGGAGCUCAUAGUCACUCCUCUGAGACACUACAAAGCAGCAGGACCAGUCUGCUGAGGGCCUCAAUGUGAAUAGUGUGCUUCCUUGUUUUUGCAUAGACACUUAACAUUCCAUAGUGUCUCGUCAUUUACAGUAAAUACUACAUUAAUUUCCGAGCUGCUCUGUAUCCUAAACAGUGCUGGUUACCAGCCACGACAGUGUCAUUGGGAUGUGUGUAUGUGUGUGUGUGUGUGUGUUUGUGUAUCAUCAACCCAAAAUGUGGUUCUGGAGAACACUUACUGUGGCGGGAACUACCACUGAAACAUUUUGAGUACUUUGUCAGGUGUUUCUUUGUCAACACGAUAGUGUCACAACAGCGCAAGAUGCAGUCAUGAAACUUUACACUUGUGUAGUUGAGAUCAAAAUGACUGUUGAGUAUAAAAAUGGCUGGUCUGAGCAAUGGAGCCAGAACAAAGGGGGUAGGAAGUAGGGAAGGGUCCAUUGGCCCCCUACUUUACACCCCUGGCCCACAUUUGUUUUUAAGUUGUGGAACUAGCUUGACUAAGAUGGCAAGAUCCAGACAGCCAAAACAAACAAUUGCUGUUGGACAUUCAAUAUUUAUGUUCUUGCCAAACAAAUUUUCAUUUAUCUUUUGCCAAUAAUGACACAUUCUAUAUUUGUGACUAACCAUGUUUAAUGUUCUACAUUACUUGUAUCAAACCAGGGAAUAUUUUACCACAAAAAAAAUAUAAACAAACAUAGGUUAGGAGUUGACCCUGCGAGGACGGCUAUGCAUAUUGAAUAAAUCUGGCACCUGUUUCGCCGGGCUCACUUCUCUCAUGCCAUGUGUUUCACCGCAGCAUACACACCAAUCUGGCGUCGCUGCUGGUCUCUAGUUGUUCUCUAGUUCUCACAUGUUAACAUCAUAUGGCUGUCUGUGUUGUUGUGAUAUACUGGAACACACCAUUAAAGAAAAUUAGCAGUCUAAACUGGAUUUAUUCCAGCUUUAACCAAAGUCGUGUUGUGAAAGAUGAAGAGUGAAACUGCUGUUUCAGUUUGUACUUUUGUAGCCGAUGCAUGAGGAAGUUUUGUAAGAUGUUGCCCAUGAGUGUUAUUCAUUUUCGUCAAAGAAAUUAAAACUCCAGUGGUCAAUUAUGUCUUAUCCCAUUUAUUUUUAUUUUUUGUUUGUAUGCAACCAAACACCAUGUGCUGAUACUUAAUCUGUAAACUAGUCGUUGAUUAAUGAUCAAAGAUUUUCCUUGAACACAAUUUGUUACUUCAUAGUGCCUAUUUUAAAAUGUCCAAAGGAAUACUGAAAACAGAAUAACUGCAGUUGCUAAUGUUCUAUAUUAAUUAUAAUACAAGUCCUUUUUUAAAUUUUUUUUAUGUAUUUGGUAGCAUUGUUCGAUAGUACAUCAGCAGUAAAGUGUAAAGCAGUUGCAUUUCAGUUAUCGCUGUAAAUCCAAUUUCUGUGGUUGAUAUAAGGAAUAAAGAUUUUGCUACUCUUU